CCAGAGGCAUUGCGUAAUGAUCGAGAGGAAUCGAUUCUAGUUUCGUUCGCAUCGUUUCCGUAUUUCACCCUUGAUUUAAUGUUUAACGGCAAUAUCGGACAUGGAUACACACUGCAUGGCUGGAACGUUAUUAAACAGAUUAAUAAACAAACGCACUUAUAUUUUUGGGUACAGCCGCUAAGUGCAAUACAUUGAUAUUGUAGAUUCGUACGUCUGAUGGUAAUAUCGAUUCUGUAGGGCGCAGCUUUAAGGGAAUCGAUUUGCGAGCUUGCCACCGCGUGCAGAACUCACACGCGCGCUGUGUGGCCGGGGGGGGAUAUCGAUUCCGUCGAUUAAACCUUAACCGAUUCCUACAAUUCGACUUUGCUCUCUUCGCACCGUGGAAUCGAAUAUGAAAUAAUCGAUUACAUUCGGAGACGAUCGAUUCCAUUUCCUUUCCCUACCACCGUGACCCCCCCCACCGACCCGCUCGACCCGUAACCCGCUCCUUGCCCCCGCAAAUGAGCAGUGGGGGGCGUAGGAAUCGAUCGUAGGAAUCGAAAGUGCGAUUAUUGUGUAAUAAUUAAAUAAUGAAUGAGAUGAUUGUUUAUUUAUUUGUUCCACUCCCUCCCCACUCCCUCCUCCCUCCAUCCCUCCCCACUGCCUCCUCCCUCCGCUCUCCCCCUCGCCUCUAUUUGCGAGCGAGAUCGCUGCUCGAGGCAGGCGCAGGAGGAGGAGGAGAUGAUGGAGAUGAUGAUGAUGGAGGAGGUGGUGGUGGUGAUGGAGGAGGUGGUGGUGGUGCCGGGUUGAGAAGAACCACAGCAAGAGUCCUCCGCUGCAGUGGCUCCCGUGAUGAGCGGCAUGGGAGGGCGUCUGCUCGAUUACCUCGUGGUGUGCGGCCUCGACACCAACACGGGGCUGGAGCCCGACGACCUCUCUGGAGAGAACUUUGAGUGCACCCCUCUGCGUCGCACCUUCAAGGCCAAGGUGCUGGCUCACUACCCCCAGGCGGUCGACUGGAACCCCUUCGAUGGAGACGCCGUGGGCAUGCUGUGCAUGCCGAAGGGGCUGUCGUUCCGGACGCAGACGGACGACCGCACGCCACACUUCCACUCGUUCCUCAUCACCCGCGAGGACGGCACGCGCACUUACGCCUUCGCGCUCACCUUCUACGAGGAGGUCACGUGCCGCUCCAUCUGCCACGCCAUGCACACGCUCUACGCCAUGCACAACGCGCAGAGCGGCGACGGCGGCGGCGGCGGCGGCGGCGGCGGCGGCGGCGGCGGUGGCGUCCGCGACAUCGCCACGUUCGCGAUCCCCGAAUCGCCGGACAGCCCCGGGGUCUCCGCGGGACGCUUCCCCGCGGAGACGCCGCCGCUGCCGCCGGCGGAACGGAGGGGGCGGCACGGCGGUGGGGGGGGCGCUCCGAUCGGCGGGGGCGGCGGCGGGGAGGGGCGCCUGCUGCAGCGCUUCAACUCGUACGAGAUGGGCUGCGACACGCUCUACGUCUCCAAAGCGCUGUGCCUCAUCACGCCGCUCCCCUUCGCUCAGGCGUGUCGCAAGGUGCUGCUACAGCUGCACCGCGCGGUGACGUCACCGAGGCCGCCGCCGCUGCCGCUCGAGAGCUACGUCUACAACCUCCUGUACGAGGUGCCGCUGCCUCCGCCGGGCCGCUCGCUGCGCUUCGCCGGCGUGCAGGGCCCCCUGGUGGUGUGCCAGCGGCCCGGCGCCGCCGAGCUGCCGCUGCUGGACCACGCGCUGCGCGAGCUUGUUGAGCUGCUGGGCCUGGACAACGUGCUGCAGCUGUUCACGUGCGCGCUGCUCGAGAUACAGAUCCUGCUCUACUCCAACGACUACCAGCAGCUGAUGCUGGUGGCGGAGUGCGUGACGGCGCUGCUCUUCCCGUUCGCGUGGCAGCAUGUCUACGUGCCCAUCCUGCCCGCGUCGCUACUCUACUUCCUGGAGGCGCCCGUGCCCUAUCUCAUGGGGCUGCACGCGGAGAGCCACGACCACUGCUGCCUCCCGGAGCUGCCCAACGAGGCCAACCUGUGUUUCGUGGACAUCACCAACCACCGGGUGGACGUCCCCGAGGACCUGCCGCUCUUCCCGCACAGAGCGGAGCUCGUGGCCGAGCUGGCCGCCGUCCUCGUCGCGUUCCGCGUGGCGCCGGAUCCGCCGCCGCCGCCCGGCGGCGGCGGCGGCGGCAAACCCCCCGCGGCGACCGCCGCCGGCGCCGCCGGCGUCGCCGACCCGGCCCCGGCCCCCUCCCGCGACUCCGCGGCGGCCCCCGACCCCGCCGACGGCGCCGCCCUCCGGCGAGGGUGCGCCGAGCCGGCGCGGCGACGUCGGCCGCGCGACGACGAGGCCAACGGCAACGGGCCCGCGGCGGCGCGGGACGGCCCGGAGCGGCUCACGAGGAUCCAGGCCCUGGCGCGCCGCGCGGGCAUCGGCCUGCCGGCCGCCGACCCGGCCGACGGCGCGGCCGCGCCGGAACCGGGCGACGGGACGGGGCGUCCGCGGGACGCGGAGAGCAGGCCGGGAGAGGAGCGGCCCGCGGCGGCGGCGGCGGCGGCGAGGGCGAGCGGGCUGAGCGAGCGGGAGGUGGACGACCUGCGGCUGAACGCUCACCUCCGGGAGGCGUUCGCCAACCGCUUCACGCACAUGUUCGCCGACUACGAGGUGUUCGUCAUCGCGCCCGCCGGCCAGGAGAUGGAGGCCUGGCUAGGCAGCAGCCGCGAGCAGACGCAGAACUUCGACAAGGCGUCGUUCCUGUCGGACCAGCCCGAGCCGUACCUGCCCUUCCUGUCGCGCUUCCUCGAGACGCAGAUGUUCGCCUCCUUCAUCGACGCCAAGAUCCUGUCCCAGUGGGACGAGAAGGACCCGGCGCUGGCCGUGUUCGACGCUCGCGUGGAGAAGACGCGUCAGCUGCACGUGCGCACGCCCACCCUGCGCACCUCCAUGUACCUGCGCAGCACGUCCGGCGAGGAGGCCGAGCUGGCCGUGCUGUCGCGCCUGGCGCGGAUCGACCACACCGCCGUGCGCCCCCACCUGCUCGACAUGCGCAUCGGCCAGGGCAAGUACGAGCCAGGCUUCUUUCCCAAGCUGCAGGCCGACAUCCUGGCCACCGGGCCCCCCGGGAACAAGUGGGUGAAGAGAGCGAGCAAAGCUCCGUGGCUGAGGCGGGAUCACCUGCGGCAAAACUCUGAGCACCAGCAACUGGACAACGAGCAGGUGCCGUGCGACUGCGAUUUCCCGAAAUCUCUCCCAUUGGGUGGCGCGCAACUUCCCCUCGAAAACAAACCGCAAACUAACGCGGGCUCCGCCCCCCCCGCCGCGAACGCGCGUGCAUGCCGCACAACGCACACCCAUCUGCGAUGGGGAAAACAACAAAAUAACCCCGCGCGCGCAAAACCACCACCAAACCCCGCGCGACGACGACCGCCGCAGCCGCCGCUCGCUGCCGCCGUCACGGAGAUGAGCCCGGGCCUGGACGCGCUGGCGCUGCCCGGGUGGCGCGUGGUCAAGCGUCCGAGGCCCCCGCGCAAAUCCAUGUCCGAGUGCAACCUGAAGUUCUUGGCCGACGGCCGAGGCCUGGGCAAGGGCGGCGUUCGGCAGCCCAAGCUGGCCGACCUCUCCCCUUCGGUGUUCGCCAAGACCAACCUUAAGUUCGUGGAGGGCCUGCUCAAGGAGUGCCGCACCAAGACCAAGCGCAUGCUGGUGGAGAAGAUGGGCCAGGAGGCCGUGGAGCUGGGCCACGGCGAGGUGACGCUCACCGGCGUCGAGGAGAACACGCUCAUCGCCAGCCUCUGUGACCUCCUCGAGCGAAUCUGGUCACACGGGCUCCUGGCCAAGCAGGGAAAGUCUGCGCUGUGGUCCCACCUGCUGAGCUGCCAGGAGAAGGAGGAGAAGAAGGAGGUCGCGUUUGAGAGCGCCGUCCCUCUGGAUGCCACCAUCCUGAGCUGUGAUUGGUGGGUUUUCCCAGGGAUCGCGGCCAAUCAGGAGAGGAGACGGUCCGACGGGGGCCUCAUUAUGCCCCCACUCAAAGCCUCUCUAACACAAGACAUGAGGCACAUUCAGAACAUCGCGGAGAUUCGCACGGACGUGGGGCGAGCGCGUGCCUGGGUCCGCCUCUCCAUGGAGAAGAAGCUGCUCUCCCGGCACCUGAAGCAGCUGCUGUCGGAUGAGGACCUCUCAGGCCGCCUCUACAAGCCGUACGCCUUCCUGCACAUGGAGGACGAGAAGGAGCAGUUCCUGUACCACCUGCUCACGCUCAACGCCGUUGACUACUACUGCUUUACCAACGCGUUCUCCACCGUCGUGAUGCGCUACCGCGUGCUCAUCGUGCCGAGCCGCAAGGUGGGGCCCUCCGUGACGACGGCAAACCCGUGGGUGUGCGUGGGCGGUGACCUGGGCGACACGGGCGUCCUGCUCAUCCCCCGCAGCUCUCUGGAGCUCUCCUUUGAGUGCGUGAACUUAGGCCGCCUCACCACGGUGCAAAUCGGCCACGACAACGCGGGGCUGCUCACCAAGUGGCUGGUGGAGUGCGUCAUGGUGCGGAACGAGAUCACGGGGCACCUGUACAGGUUCCCGUGCGGCCGCUGGAUUGGCCGCGGCGUGGACGACGGAAGCCUCGAGCGCAUCCUGGUGGGCGAGGUGGUGACGGCGGCCGCGGCUGCGGCCGCGGCGGCGGCGCGGCACCGCGCGAGCCGCGGGGCGGCGCCCGGCGCUCGCUCGCCGGCGCUCGCCCGCCGGGGCCCCGCAUCGUCCGCUGGCUCCGCCGCAGCCUGCGCCAACGCGGCCGCCAACGGGGCCGGCGGCGCCAAGAUGAUCCCAGAGCAGAUCCAGGAAGGGGUGGGUGAAGCCGUCAACAACCUGGUGAAGCAUUUCCACAAGCCUGAGAAAGAGCGUGGGUCCCUGACGCUGCUGCUGUGUGGAGAGGGAGGCCUGGUGUGGGCGCUGGGGCACGUGUUCCAGCACGGCCUACGCUCCCCACGCCUCUUCCAGAAGCCUGUCUUCGUCUGGGACUUUGUGGAGAGGGUGGCCUCGCACCUGGAGGAGAACGCGGAGGGCACGGCGGCCGCAACGGCGCUCCUCCGGCAUGGCAGUGGCUCGGAGCGGCCGCUCCUGGCGGCGACCCCGGCCCCGCCGCUGCCCGCGCCGGAGCCGGACGCGGAUCUCCGGCGGGGAGAGGGGCCGAGCCGGGAGGUGCAGGCGCGACGCGCCCUCUGCUCGCUCGUGCGCGCCAUCAACGGGGCACCGCGACACAUCGGCAAGGAUGGCAAGUUCCAGCUGCUCGUGUGCUUCGGAGCCCGGGAGCAGCUGCUGCACAGCUGGCUGUCUCUGCUCGUCAGCUCCCCGGUGCUGCAGCAGAUGUACGAGGAGGCCGCUCUGCUGCGCAACGCGAGGCUGGUGAGCGACCUGGAGCGGCUCCUGCAGGCCCUGCUCGGCUUCCCCAUCAGCCUGGAGUCGUCGCUCGUCAAGGGCAUCGACACGUGACCUCCGCCGGACGUCGCCGCGUGACCCCGGGCCCCGCCAGCGUCGACCUCCGACCAAUCGCGUGACGACGUCGACCGCGGGUGUCCCGGGAAGGAGCCGUCGCUCGUCAAGGGCAUCGCGACGGGUGAGCUCGCCGCGUGACCCUGGCCGCGCCGGGCCCGCCAGCGUUGACCUCCGACCGCGACGACGACGACGACGAUUACGACGAAGGGUGUCCCGGAGGAAUCGCCAUCGUCGCCGCUGCCGUUCCUCUGCCGUCUUCGACACCGGCGGUCCAAGUGCGUGGACCUCUGUCAAUCCGCUGGAGCUGUCCGAUCGUAAACCUCAACGUUUGUCUGCAAGUCUCUCCCCCCCACCCCCACCCCCACGUCCGAACUGCUCUAACGCCAGUCUUUGUUGAGGACUGUCCAGGGUUGAGGACUGUCAUCCGUCAGGUCAUCUGAUGAGUUCAUCAGUAGACGACGGAGUAUCUUCAAGUUGUCUCCACCCCCGUGCCGUCUUGUUUUCAACUCGCCUCCGUGUAUUUGCUGUCCUCAACACCAGCGUUGGUUCGUGAGCAUCGCCCACGCCCCCCCCCACCUCCCCCCCUUCUUUCCCGUUCGUAUCUGUGACCUCUUAAGUCAUUGCCGAUCCAAGACUUAAACUGAAUGACCAACAGGACCAACUGUCCUCACCAGCAGACCUAUAAGUGCCCUCCAGUCAUCAUCCCAACUCCGAUACGGUCUUCAGUGUCAGCUGUGGUUCAUGAUCCCCAAAGUGUAAGGCCUGUGAUCAGCUUCGGUUGACGUCAAAGAUAGAGUAAGUCCUCGUUUAACGUGGUAGAUUAAAGUGCCGCGUUGAGCAACAACAAAAAAAACGCGGAAACCAAAACAGUUUCCCCACAAAUAAAGUAACUAUAAAGUUUGACGAGAUACGAUGCGCUACUGCUACUACUCGCAACGCAGUAAAUUGGCGGGACAAGUAACUGAGGGAAGGAAAACGUGUUGUGUGAACACGCGUUAAGCGAGGACUUACAAUGUGCUCUUCAAGCCUACUUCGCCCAUACGUUGCCUUCAACGAUAACUUCAUAAUCUCUCAGUGUUAAAGCUUGUGUUCUCUGAGCCCGCUGGCAAUAGAUUCAAGAUUACUUUUCAAGUCAUCGUUGCUGAUUUGCUUUCGUGACAGCGAUGCGUCACGUCGGCGAAUCGAACGCCAAAUGGACUCUUUCCGAGCUACCCAACUUGACCCGCAGAUCGAUUGAGUGCCCUCGAGUCAUCGCGCCACCGCUCGUUUUAUCAACCUUGGUGCUUUGAUCUUCAAGAGGUUAACCCCCCCACGACACCGUCAAACAACUCGGUUUGCCCACACGGGUCGGAGUGUCUUCACUUCAACGUCAAUUUCCAAUCGCCCGUCUGCAACUGUCCAGAUCUGCUCGGCCUCCUGAUUUCACCGGCAGAUAGAUAAGUGCUCUCAAAUCGUCUACGCUCCCUUCGCUGUCACCAUUGCCAACCCGUGGUUCACGAUCACCAAAGAGUAAGGUCACGUGACUUGACUUGCUAAUACACUUUAACCUGCUCACUAGCAGGGCAAUGCGCGUUUCCGUGUCGUCUCCGCACUGUGCACCCAGUAGACGUUCGUUUGUCACGUACGUACGUACGUGUGUCGAACUUCUUUCGCACCGUACGUUGCCAACGGUGCUAAUGGGGGAGGUGCAAACUCAAGAUACCAGACCUGCAGAUUAAACGGCGAAUCUUCACGUCAACUGCCAUUGUGGUCGUCACGUCAAACAGCAACAUUGUCCUGCCGCCCCCAGGCUACCUGCUCACCCACUUAACCUGUGCACAACCAGACGAACUGCAACCCCCGCUGAUUAUUUCCUCUUGCGGUGUUCAACGGUCUGGGUUUCGCCCUGGAUAGUGCAAGCGUUUACCUAUUGUUGUUUAUAAUCGCGGGACGGGACAAAAACAACGCGGUUUUGGCCUCUUGGACAAUGGCGCUGCCUGUGAAUCUGUGUCCGCGCCCGGCGCACUCGAUAACGCGAGCGGGAACCCCUGCUGCCUCUACUCCCGCGGCAACCGUCCGCGUGUCGUCCGUCCAGUCCGUGAGCUUGUCAUCUCGUGCGGCCCGUCUCGUGAUCUCAGCUGUCGCACCAACCGCAACCGACAUGUCUGCCGUGCGCAGUGACGACGUCUCCGUUGUCCAGAAUGCUUUUAAUGUGACCCCUUUUAGACGCUUGGGAUGAGUGCCCCCCACCCACCCCCAUGUUAUAGAGAGCAGCGCUUGGCGGACUGCAAAACCCCAUUUUUCGUAAACGUGAAAAAAAGAGCGGUUCUUUCGCCUUUUGGGCAGCGGGAGCUUUUCUAUCCGAAAACGUUGCGAACGGUCUAAUGGCGACCGUUGUGAUUCCCGCAGUCACGCAAAUCGAUGGCUCCUCAAGUUUCCGCGUGAACCAUUGCGCAGGGCGAGUGCAGGGUCUGUUCCCAAGACACGCGUGUUGUAUGCUGUCGGUUUGUGAACCAAACGAAAUCAAACCAAACCAGACGUCCCAGCGCGGAGCGGAAAUAUUUUUUUGUACGAACGUUUGCAUUUCUCUCAUCUUUCCUGUUUGUUUUGUACACAAAUGAACGAGCGUACGCCAUUCGUGAUACAAAUUCGAUUUCCCGUGCAGGCGGCGGUGGCGGCGGCGGCGGCGGCGGCGUGCGCGGGAUUUUUGGGCCUCUCGCACGGCGGCGUUUGCCCUGCGGGAGGGGAGUGGGAGGGGGGGGGAUCUGCCUGCGUCUGGGUGAAAUUGCAGCGUCACCCCCGACCCCCUUGCCCAGUUGCCAGAUUCUUUCACGAGCUCGUUCCGUGCCCAAAUCGUAACGGGAACGAGUAAAGGUACAGGCCUGCAAUUUGCUCGCGUGAGGCACGGCCGGAAGAAGAAGAAGGGCCUCCACUGGAGAUGGGACUCUCGAAGAAGCCUCUCUGUCGGGGGGGAUUUUGACCGACUCUCCCAUGCUGGCCGAUCAGCUAAAGUGCGGGAGCACCCACACUUGUGGGAGUAGCCACACGUUUUACCCAACCACACGCUGCCCCUCGAUCGGCUAACAUCAAUGAACCCGAUUUAAAGGUUUCGUGACUGCAGGGAUUCAUAUUCUUGGUUCUUUCGGUAAAGUCACGUAGAAGGGAAAUAAUAAAAUAAUAAUAAAACAUAAAAUAAAAUUCUCACGACGUUUCGGCCACAAC